CCAGCUUCUCUUUCUGCAAAUCAACAUCCACCAAAAUGAGACAAGGAGGCUUCAGUGAAACUAAACCUGCAACUCCAGAUAUCCAGAAGAUACUUGACCAGGUAAAGCCACAGUUUGAAACAAAGUGCAAUGAAAAAUAUAGCUACUUUCAUGCUGUAAAAUACAGAAGUCAAGUGGUUGCUGGGCUCAAUUAUAUAAUAAAGGUACAUUACGAUGGUGACCAAUGGGCACAUUUGAAAAUAUUCGAACCUCUCCCUUGCAAAAAUGAGCCACUGAACCUGAUGAAAUACCAGACUGGCAAAACCAAGAAUGAUGAACUGGACCUCUUUUAGCGUCUCAGUCUAGAAUGCAUUUGGUUACUUUCAUGUGCAUCCUGUAUCAAUUGAAAUGAAACAUGAAUCUUUUUAAAGUAUAUCUUUACUUUGAUGAUGCAUUGGCUAGUUUUAGUCAAUGUUCCCUCUUUUCCUCUCUUUUUUAUUGUUUCUUAUAAGCAAUGGCUCACUGGAUAGAGGAAGGGAAAAGGAUAUAUUCAGAAAUAAAGUUAUAUAAGAGUAAAGAAUAUCAAUUAAAAUUUUAAUCAAUUCUGAAA